CAUACUUGAAACCAUUCCUUUCGUUGGAAUAAGCAGAGAACAUCUGACAUGUUUCUCACAUGAUAUUCCCUAGUGAUGUGCAUAAAGUCAGAAGAUGAAGUGGAGUAACAUUAUCCAGACAAUAAUCUUCCUUUGUCUUAUUGGGCCUGGAACUGUGGGAAAUAUCCUAAUGUUUGUGAGACAGGUGUACACGUCUGCCUUGGGCACUGAGAAAAAGCCUGUGGACCUCAUUCUCAUCCACUUGGCAUUUUCUAAUAUGAUCAUUAUUUGCACCACAGGAAUCAGAGACAUAGCCACAGUGUUUUAUUUCAGAAACUUCCUCGGAGAUAUUGGCUGUAAAGCUGUGGUUUAUCUGGCAAGGACGGCCCGGGGCCUCUCCAUCUGCACCACCUGUCUCCUCAGUAUGGUCCAGGCUCUCACCAUCAGUCCCAGGACCACCAUUUGGAGGAAGCUCAAACCACAGACCUCAUGGCAAAUUCUUACCUAUGUCUUACUCUUUUGGAUCUUUAAUGGCCUCACAAGUUCCAACUUGUUGUACUAUAUGACAGCAGGCGGCAGCUUGAACAGAUCUGGAGUUGCAGGGUAUAUUGGAUAUUGCUAUAUGCUUCCAUCCAGGGACACAGUCAAGUGGCUUUUCCUCUUGCUCAUGGCUGUUCGUGACCUCAUCUUUCAGAGUCUCAUGGGCUGGAGCAGUGGACACAUUUCUUUUUAUCUGUAUAAACAUCACAAGCAAGUCCUCUACCUCCACAGCCGCAGGCCUGUAAAUAGUUUCAGUCCAGAGAUCAAAGCUGCACAGAGCAUUCUCAUUCUCAUGGCCUGUUUCCUUGCCUUUUAUUGGGCAGACUUCAUUUUCUCCUUUUACACAGGUUCCAUGGUGACUCAUGACUCCAUCAUACUAAAUAUUAAAACAUGUCUAGUACUUGGUUAUGCUGUUCUCAGCCCCUUUGUCCUGAUGAGCAGAGCUGUUCCUGUUGCUAAAGCCUUGUGUUCGCACUGA